AUGAGAGCUUUUGUUUUGGGAUCAGUCCUUUUGCUUGCAUCAGCUUGUUCUGGUGCCGAUUUGGGUCACUCAACCCAAUACCACAAGCAGGAUGUCGGUGGCUUUUCGUUUGGCUAUUCCCAUCCAGUUGAGGACCAUCAUUCCCAUCACGAACCAGCCACUAUUGGCCACGAUGGCGCUCCGUUGGAAACCCAUGAAGUUAAAGCCGCCAAGGCGGCUCACUUCGCUGCCCAUGCUGAAGCCAAGUCUCGGCUACACAAGCGUCACGUCCCGGUUGACACUCCGGAAGUGGCUGCCGCCAAAGCAGCCCAUCUCGCGGCUCACGCCGCUGUCGCUCCCCAUGGUCAUGACGCCGGCGAGAAGUGGCACGGACCUCUGCAUCAUCCGGUGAUCGAGAAGGGCGUCCCGGUUGAUACUCCUGCCGUCAAGCAUGCCAAAGCCGUCCACGCCGAGGCUCAUGCUGUGGCCGAGAAGCACGAUUCCCAUGGUGAUGAGCACGAGCAGAAGUGGUACGGACCCAAGCAUAUUCCGGUGAUCAAGGAUGGAGUCCCGGUGGAAACCCCAGAGGUUCAGCACGCAAAGGCUGCCCAUCUCGAUGCGGUGGCUAGCGCCAAAAAGUACUAG